UGCCAAGCAACCGCCGCGGGGAUAUGACGUAGUGUUUCAAGAUGGCGUCGCAGUACUACCAAGAGAUGCAGGAGAGCUUUAAGAAUAACAGCAAAAGUCGGGAAUUCCCGGCUCACACAGCCAAGGUCCACUCGGUGGCGUGGAGCUGCGACGGCAGGAGACUCGCCUCCGGGUCUUUUGACAAAACAGCCAGCGUGUUUGUCCUGGAAAAGGACCGUUUGGUGAAAGAGAACAACUACAGAGGCCACGGCGACAGCGUGGAUCAGCUCUGCUGGCAUCCGACCAACCCGGAUCUGUUCGUCACCGCAUCCGGAGACAAGACCAUCCGCAUAUGGGACGUACGCACCACAAAAUGCAUCGCCACCGUCAACACAAAAGGUGAGAACAUCAACAUCUGCUGGAGCCCCGACGGUCAGACCAUCGCUGUCGGGAACAAAGACGACGUGGUGACCUUCAUCGACGCCAAGACGCAUCGCUCCAGGGCGGAGGAGCAGUUCAAGUUCGAGGUGAACGAGAUCUCGUGGAACAACGACAACGACAUGUUCUUCCUCACAAACGGAAACGGUUGCAUCAACAUCCUGAGUUAUCCAGAACUGAAGCCCAUCCAGUCCAUCAACGCUCACCCGUCCAACUGCAUCUGCAUCAAGUUCGACCCGACGGGGAAAUACUUCGCCACAGGAAGCGCCGACGCCCUCGUCAGCCUGUGGGACGUGGACGAGCUGGUCUGCGUCCGCUGCUUCUCCAGACUGGACUGGCCGGUGAGGACGCUGAGCUUCAGCCACGAUGGGAAGAUGUUGGCUUCGGCCUCCGAGGAUCAUUUCAUCGAUAUCGCAGAAGUGGAGACGGGAGACAAGCUGUGGGAGGUUCAGUGCGACUCGCCGACCUUCACCGUGGCCUGGCAUCCUAAGAGGCCUCUGCUCGCCUACGCCUGCGACGACAAGGAGGGAAAGUACGACAACAACCGAGAGGCGGGAACCGUCAAACUCUUCGGCCUCCCCAACGACUCCUGAGAUCAUUAAAUCAGCUCGAGCUGCAAUAUUUAUUUUCUCGGAGCCCAGACAUCGGAUCUUUUCUAUAAAGCUGCAGUAACGUUUUCCCGCCAGCAGAUGGUGCAACUCUCCAAAACAUUCUUAAAAACACAGAUAAGAAAAAAACUCUUUGCUGUAACAUAUUGUUUCCUUUUAAUGUAAAAUACAGUGUUUUUGAUAAAUAAUAAAAUGUUGUCUUUAUAAA